UGCAAAUUUACUGAUUAUAGUCGCAUAAUUAACGGUAGCAAGUUGUGCAAAAUUUGUUUCCGGUUUUGCAAUGGUUUUGCUAAGAUGGCCAAAAGUAAACAAACAUAUACAAAUAACAACCCGUCGUAACAAGCUACAAAUUCACCUGUUUGCCAGUGUCAACUGUCUAGCAAGAUAUAUAUGAUCUAAUUCUUUAAUAUAUUUGUAUUCGUUACGGUUUUAAAGGCAAUUAAAGUUCACACGGUUUUCAGGGUUUUGUCAAUAGUUUUCAAGUAGAUUAUUUUAUAUCGGUUUAGUAUACUAGUUGCACACAGCUAGUGUGCAAAGCAUUUCUUAAUUAAAGAUGAUUUCUGUGAUCUUUUUAGAGUUAGUGUUAUAGCUAUGGAAGACAAAAGUGACUGCCUGAAGAAAAGGUAACUAAAAAUCCAAAUAUAAUAUAGGCUGACGUUUAUGUUAAUAUAACCAAUGCUUGAAAGCCUGAACUCAGUCUGAAAAAUUAUUAAAUGAACCGUUGAGUAUUAAAUGCAUAUAUUCAAGUAAGUAGUGUGGACAUACAGGAUUGUGGUACCUUGCUUGAGUAUACUUAUCCCAUGCAGUGCUAAUUAUGUUGCUAGUACUGCUAAUAUAGCUAUAUAAUAUUUUACUAGGUCCAGUAUGGUGUGGUCGAAACAAAAAGACCUUGCACUGCUGAAAGAAGUUGCCGCAGAAGGUGUUCUCAUCCACAAGCAGAGAUCGAGGGAACGGGGUAUGCAGUGGCAAAAGGUGGCUGACAACAUGAGCCUUAUGGGUCAAGACAUCACAACGAGAGCAGUCAGAGAUCACUAUAAAAUGAUAUCAAAAAAAUAUCGAGCUAGAAUGGCCAGAGAAGAGAGAGCAACAGGUGAAGGUGGUGCUGAACUAACUGAGGAUGAAAUGUUGCUGGAAGAAUUGAUUGAUGUGGAAGACGAGACUGACCGGCAGAUGGAAAAUGAGACUGAGGCCAAAAAUCAGAGGAUUGAGAAUAAAAGAGGACAAGCGUUGGAGAUGAGGGAAAGAGCAAUGGAGCGGAUCGGGCAAACCAGGAAAAGGAUGGGAGGUGCGAGUGAAAGUGGUGGAACAGUACAAAAGAGGAGAAGAUCAGGAGAGAUGAUGGAAUGGUUACAAGAGAGGAUAGAGUUGGAGAAAGAAGAAAAGGAAGUAAAGCAGACUGAGAAGAGAGAACAUAUGGAAGCACAAAGGAUGCAACAUUUGGAAAUUUUGCAAGUGAUGCAGCAAACACAACAGCAAUUUGGCAUGCAGAUGAAGCUUUCUGAGCAAUAUCUCCAGCAGCAAAUGCAGCAGCAACAGCAGCAGCAACAACAGCAGCAGCAAGAAUUUGGAUUUAUGCAGCAACGAAUGAUUGCUCUGAUACAACAACAGCAACAGCAAACACAAUUGUUGGCAAACAUAUUUCAAAAAAAGUUUUAA